AAAUAUAUAAAAAGAAAUCUAAUCAAAUAAUCUAUUUGUUAAUUUUGUUAAAAAAAUUUCAAAAUAAGCAGAAAAAUGGACUAGAACGUUGUCAAUUUUGACAAACAACUAGAUAACUGUACUCAAGUUAUAACUACUAUAAAAUAGCUUACCCUUUAAAGAAAUUAGGCUAUUUAGCAAAAGAACAACUAACCAAUUAUGAAAAUUGAAUAUGAUUUGAGAUAAAACAUUGAUAAUAUGAAAUAGCAAAUUCCUAAAUUAUAAUAAAGCUGUGAUGACAUUUGCAGAAAUAAUAAUAAAUAUAAAAUUACUAAAUAGGAGUCAGAAAAAAGAAUGAAUCAAUUUCAAAAUCUGAAAAAUUAAUUUAUUCAGUCAGAAUAAGCAGCUUUUGCUGUCAAAAGAAAAAUCGAAAUUGUGGCAAACUAAGAAAAACUUUUUUAAGGUAGAACAAAUGACGUAGAAAUGCAAGAUAUGUCUUCUUAUGAAAUUUAGUAACAUAGAUCUGCCUUAUAAUAAAAAGAAAACUAAGCUAUAGAUAGUGCAAACGAUUUAGUAGAAUCACUGAUUAGCAAAUAAAAGCAAGUAGGAUAAAUGAUUGUAGAUUCUACAGAUCCUCUUGAGCACAUUAAUAAAAGAGCAGAUUAAGUUAAUUAAAAAAUGUAGACUAUGUCAAGUAGAUUUGAAGAUUUACUAAGGACUACAAGCAACAAUACUCUUUGGAUAAUUAUAAUUAUCAAUAUUUUUAUUCUAGUUUUUUUAAUUUCUUUAUGA